AUGCUAGCGGAACCCCUCUCCAUCCCCCCUGUCCCGCAGACGCAUGGUCUCUUUGACUCCACCAUUUCUAGAUUCCUUGUCCCGCAGGACAGCGAAGUUGCUUCUUGUUCAUCCUUCCAUCCUACUCCAUUCGCUCUCGAGUCUACCCAUAUAUAUGACUCUUCACACGUUGAGACCGCCACUCAGGGUGCAGACGAUCAGUCACUAUCUCGUCUUGGCCAACAUGAUGGUGCGUUUGCGGCCUCUUCCCCCUCAUUAUCUGGCAAGGGAAAAGACAGGGACAUCCCGCCCACGUUGCCUCCUUUGUCUUUCUCCCCAACGGAAUUCAGCUACAGCUCCCUCGACUGGCCUUGCCCCUCAUCACCAGGGCCUUCCUCGUAUGGUUCCAACCAUACGUCACUCUUCACACCUUCAUUAAGUCAGUCACAGUCCGACACCACUCAGCAACCAGACUCUCUUCCGCAGCUGCAGAGCGGCUUUGGAAGACCGAGUCCCUCUCCUUCGCUUAGGAGGUCGCGGUCCAAUUUCUCAAUCCGCUCAACGCCCUCCUGUGCACCAUCCAUGGCGAAGUUCAAGUUCAAGCUCGGUUCGUCCUCCAAGACACCGAGCAACGUUGCGCGUAAACUCUUCGGCAGGAACAAAGGCGACAUUUCGGAUGCAUCUCCAACAGGGACUGAAUCUGGCCCCUUGAGCCCGUCGCAGGAUGAACUGCUCGUCCGGCCACUGGAUUGCACUUUACCGUGGCAGACCUUGGACGACGCUUUGAAACCGCUUUCAACAGACGUGCUGGAGCAGGUGGACAAUAUCGCUGCAAUGAUAUCCGAAAUGCCUAUCUCGUGGGAUCCUAACGUCCAUCGCUUUGAACCGGUACCCAGUCUGAAAGACAAAGGGCGCUCUUACUCAUCUCCACUCCCCACCUCGGCUUUCGAUAUUGUACCUCAACUGGAGCUCGAUGCGUUUAUGCCUUUGUCGUUUAACCGUGCCUGCAAUAAUUUCGAUGAGGUUCUGCCAAGGGAGUUGAGGCUCCAGAUAUUCCGGACCUUAAUAGAGGUGCACAAAGAGGAACAUGAAAAACUUAUCCGUAGGGGCGAAUGGACAGCACUGAAAGCGUCCUCGUCCAAGAACCGCUGGGUGGGGAGAGACCGUGCUAUGCGAGAGUUGGUGAAAUUCAGCAGGGUGUCAAAGACAUGGCACUCGCUCGUGUUCGAUGGACAACUGUGGGAAGACGUGGACUUGCAGGUGUUUCCGAAGCUGCCUGCCCUUUUCCUGGAACGACUCGCGGAGAAUAUCGGUCCUUUCGUCAAGCACCUUGACCUCUCCGGGCACACUGGCCUCGCAUCGAACACACUCCUUGAUAUGAUAAACAGCCUCUGCGUGCGCUCGGCACCCAUUCUGAACUUUACAUAUACGCAGCUAACCACAGUUAAUCUCCAAGGCUGUCCUAAUCUCACCACACAAUCGCUCCACGGUCUUUUAAUUAGGUCGCCGUUCCUGCGCUCUUUAUGCGUCAAGGGCCUUAGGGCGGUCACCAAUGCAACAUUUGAUGUCCUAGCACUCUGUCAGCAGUUGACAUCCCUGAAUAUGAGUCGUUGCAUCCACAUUGAUGGCGAAGGUCUACGUGCGUUCGGGGCAGCCGUCCUAUCGCGGGGAGCCUAUCUUGCACUGAAAGAGCUUAAGUUAUCGGGGAUCCAAGAUGUAUUCGACGACGCGUUUACGACGUUGGGGAAGGCGGCGCCUGACCUUGAGGUCCUAGACCUCAGUUACUGUCUGAGUCUGCACAACUCGGCACUGGCGGCCCUGGUAUCCUGUGCCGAGGAAGACAGACAUAAGACGAAGACCAUCUCGCUGAGCGCGCGCGAGGCAGGCAUGGCGGUAAGGGAUUCGCGUCGGUACUUCCGGCGUGUGACGGCGCUCAGACACCUCUCCCUCUCGCAUUGCCCACUCCUGACCGAUAUCGCGUGCUCUAAUCUUGCAUAUGCACUCCCCCACCUCGAAUUCUUGGAGCUUGGGGGGAUCGGAGGAGAGUUGCAUGACGAUGGACUGGUGAAGCUAUUAAAGACGACACCACUCAUACGAAGGCUGGACCUCGAAGAUGCGUCAUCCAUCACAGAUGCGGUCCUCACAGUUCUGACCCCAAUCAACGAAGAUGAUUCUGCAUCUCCCACGGACGUUGCCCCACCGCAGACGGGCCACGCGCUGGAGCACCUCGGAGUAUCACACGCAUCGAGGCUAACAAACGAGGCAUUCUCGGCCCUUAUUCGUGGUUGUCCCAAGUUACGUUUCCUCGAGGCAGAUAGUACGUUGGUGUCAGGGUCUGUGGUCAAGGAGUUCGUUUGCACCUCUCGAGAGCGCAGAAUUAAAGACGCACAUUUCAUCGCUGUGGACUGCCGUUUGGUAGGCGAGAAUAUUGUGAAGGACGUUAUGCCUCACACGCGGCCGCGGAGGGGAUGGAGGUCAUGGGAAGCACGCAAGCUCGGCUACUUGGAUGGGAGAGACGGUGAGGACCUUAAGGUCGGGCAGGACGAGUGCGAUGAGGAGAGGGUUGUCCUCAAGUCAUUUUACAGCUGGCAGACGGUGGAUGCCGUGAAAGCUGCGAGAGACCGAAGACGGAAGGCGACGAAGAAGUCCCGGGAUAACGGGUCAUCUGAGCAGGUGAGCGAGCUGGGGGAAGGGAAGUGGGCAAGCAGAAUGAAGUGGUGGUCUCCGAGUAGGAGAUCUUCCGGGAACAACACCCCCGGUUUGGACGAUAGCGAUCGCGAUGGAUGCAUCAUAAUGUAA